AUGCCUUCCAAAGAUGAACCUCAAGCUAGAAUGAUGUGUCUUGAUGAUGCAGGAAGAGCAGACUGCCAUUUUAUGGAUAAGAUAUCACCUCUCAAAGAGAUCCCUGAAGAGGUAGUGGCAAGGGAGUCUCUCAUCGCUAUCUCUUACUUGUUGCCAGACAAAACUCUUGUUCGAAAACUCUCAGAAAAUUCAAACGGCGCUGAAAAUCUGAGUGAAGGGAAAAAUUAUCAUGAUGAAGCAGAGAACUAUAUAUCUGAGCUGAUCUCUAUAUCCAAUUCGGAAUCACCAGAUAUCGAAGACCUACCAGUUGCGCUUGGAGAACUUAACAGUUAG